AUGGUGAAAGCUGUCAAGAAGCAGAAGAAAACGCUUAAACCGGUGACGAAAGUCAUCACCAUAAAUCUGAGCAAGUUGACGCACGAUGUGUGCUACAAAAGAAAGGCCCCAAGAGCCAUCAAGGAGAUAAGGAACAUCGCAGGAAAGCUCAUGCACACGAAGGACGUACGUUUGGACGUUAAACUGAACAAGUUCAUAUGGUCCAAGGGCAUCAGGAACCCACCCAAGAGAGUUCGCGUAAAAAUAGAAAGGAAGAGAAACGAAGAUGAGGACUCCAAGGAGAAAAUGUACACAAUCGUUCAACACGUCAUGGUUGACACCUACAAGGGAUUACUUAACGAAUGCGAAGUGAACGAGUGAAUUGGAUGAACUGGUGAAGGUGAAUUAAACGAAGAGUCAGGCAUAACCGAAUUCGAAAAUGUGCGACAGACCAUGUGUGUUACGUGUGGCGCCUACGUUUGUAUGGGCGCGGGAAUUCGUUCCCGUCUUGGCUCGCCGCGGCGUAUCGCUCCAUCGCGUCACCACUUCGUGGCUUCAUCGCUGCAUAAUUUCACAACCUUGCCAUUUUAUUUUAAAUUAAAAAUUUUUUUUUUUAUAUUAACGCGUAAAAGGAAUUAAAGUUACUAGUUGACCUCUUCUUUAGCACAUUUCGUAACCACGAUUUUAACUU